AUGGUGGCUGAUCUGUUUCUGUUCAAUCUGGUGCUGCAACUGAAAGAUUCUCCUUUCUGUGGUUCUUUUGUUGGUGCUGCAACUGGAAUAAUAUUUUCUUGUGGUUCUGUUAUUUGCUGUGCAUCUGGGUGUGGUUGCUGGUCACUGGAUUCUACAACUGAUUAUCUAUCAAGUCUGGUUUUGUUGGCUAUGUCUGUUCGUUGUUCCAAGCCCUUUUCGGAAGUUGAUGUUGGGGUUUGCCUGUUUCAGUUCUCCAUUGCAGCCAUCAAUGACACGGAUUCCAAAAAUCAAUGGGAGCCUUUGGCUCCCACCAAGGAAGCUCAGGAAUUUCAUCUUUCUAAAACAUACCAUGAAGGACUUCUCAAGUUGCAAGCCAAAGAAUAUGCACAAGCUCGUGAACUUUUAGAAUCUGUCCUGAAAGAUCCCCUGAUUUCAAGUGCUCAGGCAGAUAGCAGUGCUAGUGAUGGCCAUCUAUUGCAGCUCAGGUUUCUGACACUGAAGAAUCUUGCCAAUGUCUUUGUUCAACAAGGUCCUAUGCAUUAUGAGAAUGCUCUACAUUGCUAUCUUCAAGCUGUAGAGAUUGAUACCAAAGAUUCGGUUGUAUGGAACCAACUAGGAACAUUGUCAUGCUCAAUGGGAGUAUUGAAUAUCUCACGUUGGGCAUUUGAGCAAGGGCUUUCUUGCAGCCCUAAUAAUUGGAAUUGCAUGGAGAAGCUCUUGGAAGUACUAAUUGCCAUUGGCGAUGAGGUUGCUUGUCUUUCUGUCUCAGAGUUGAUUCUGAGGCACUGGCCAUCACAUUCUCGUGCUUUGCAUGUAAGAACUACUAUUGAGGAGUCAGAGUCGGUUCCAUUUGCACCAAGAGGUAUAGAUAAACUGGAACCAAAGCAUAUCCGGUUAAAGUUCCCUGGCAAGAGAAAAGCAACGGAUGAUUUAGUUGAAGGGAUGACAUUGAAAAGGCGUAAUCAGAACAUAGAGCUGCACCUCACAGAAGCAUCUUGGGGAUCUCUUGCAGAUGCAAUCCUGGAAAUGUUUCUUCCAAUGGGUGGGAGUGGUUCUGAGCAGGGAGUUGGACCCAAUCAAGAUGAUAUAGUGGAUAAUAAGCUUGGCUGUACACAUACUAGGGUCACUGUAGCCAACGCAGAUUCAAAUGUAAGCAAUAUAAGACUUCCUCAAAAAUCAGAUAGCAGCUACUAUGGGGAAAAGUUUGACAGAUGUGGAGAUAUCAGAUUGAUUAUAAACUUGCCUUCUGUAUCAGGAACAGUAAUAGGAUCAUCAAAUGGGAAAGGACCAACUGGUGUCCAAUCUGGUGAAAAUGGAUCCCUUAGUGAUUAUAAUUGUGAAAAAGCAACCAAAGAAAAGGAAGCCAGUAUCUAUGAAGAACAUCAUCAAGAAAGGCGAAGUACUCGUCUUGAAAGACUAAGAAGUCGCAAACCAGGGAAAGAAGAGUUGGACUUUGCUACCAGUAAGGAUCUGGCUAAAGAAGUUAUUCAGUUUCUAGAACCUUUUAUUAUUGGUAGGGCGGUGACAAAAGAUUCUGACCAUUCUUCAAGCUGUUAUGUUCCUUGUCCUGAUAUUGUUGUGAAUACCUUAGAUAGUGAAUCCAGUGAUGUUGCAAGAUUUGUAAUGGAGACUUCAAACAAUUAUGGUGCUUUCCACAUGGUUCACUUGCUUUUAGAAGAGGUGGCACAUAGAUGUCUUCCAUAUCAGGAAGCCUUCAUCAAAUUUCUGGAGUUGGAGAAGUUGACAAGGCACUGGGGGAAGGAUAGGAGUCCUGAAUGUAGCCUUUUCCUUGCUGAGCUGUACUAUGACCUUGGAUCAUGUACCACAAAUGAGUUCAACCUGCCAGAUUUUGUGAUCGAGGCAUCCUAUCAUCUUUGUAAAGUCAUUGAGUUGGUAGCUUUGGAUUAUCCCACUCACCUGAGUGAUUUACAUGUACUUAACUCUGACAAAGAUUCAAGAAUAACCACCAGCAUGGAUGAUCUCAAGAAAAGUGCCAAAAAGUUUGAAUGUAUGCCUGAGAAACAAUCUUCAACUAACAAUUGUCAAGAUAUUGGCAUAUUCUCAGCAGAUGAAGCUACACAUUUGGACAGUACAAUCUUAACAAAAAAAAGUUCCUUUUGGGUCCGGUUUUUCUGGUUGAGUGGCCACCUGUCAAUUUUUUCUGGUGAAAAGGCAAAAGCUCUUGAAGAAUUUUGUAUUGCCUCCUCACUAUUGAGAAAUAGGGAAACUAUAAAUAAUAUGGGUGUUGUUCCUCUGCCACAUUGCAAGCUUAUUAGAGCAUUAACAGUAGAAAGAAUUCAGCAUGAAAUCAAUUUGUUCGAAGUUGAUGUCUUACUUACAAAGACUAUUGAUGAGAUGAUUGAGAAAAAAAUGUAUUUGGAGUGUGCAAACUUGCUUUCUCCCCUUCUCCUCUCCUCUAAAGAUGUUUACCUUGACUUGUUACCUGGUGCUUAUAAAGAAGGCGAAGGGGUUACACCAGUUGAGCUACGGGCAUUAGAUGCUUUAAUCUCAGUAUGUGAAAAGACAAAACCAAUGGACGUUGAAGUAUAUUUAAACUGUCACCGGAGGAAGCUACAGAUACUCACAGUUGCGGCGGGUAUGGCAGAAUUUUCUGCUUCAGACAAGUCCUUCCACAAGAAAUCAAUGUCAAAAACACUUUCUGCUUCUGAACUGGAAUCACUGGAUAGCAUGGGCAAGCACUGGAGUAACUUGAUUGCAGAGGAGGUUAAGGCUAUUUCUCGAAGUGCUUCAUUAGUGAAGACUUUAAUUGAUCACACUGCCACUUCUGACAGUUUUCAGGAUCUUGUGAGCUGUAUUGGCGAUAUUCAAUCUCUGCUCCUGACAGUUAUGUGUAAUAUUGUGGGCAUAUUUCUAAGUAAGAAGUCUUCUGGGUCUGGAACCGCAGAACAAACAGAACUAAAGGAAAGCCGUUGCUUUGUAGAUGCAGCCAUUGCAUUCUUCAAACUUCAACAUCUCAACCAAACUGUACCUGUUAAAAGUCAAGUUGAAUUAAUUGUGGCAAUACAUGACUUACUUGCUGAAUAUGGGCUUUGUUGUGCUGGCAAAGAUAGUGAAGGGGAGGAAGGAACAUUUCUUAAGCUUGCAAUAAAACACCUUUUGGCCUUACAUAUGAAGUUGAAAUCUAGUUCUCAUUUGUCAAAUGGAGUAUUGGAAGCAACUCAAUUUGAUGAACAACUUUCCCAUAGUAGCCGUGUGAAAAAAUCUGAAAGUGAAUUGAAGUUGAAUAUUUCUCCAGAUCUGGAAACUGGUCUCUCUGAAAAAGAUAAGGUCAGUGCUGUGGAGAAGGAUUUUCUAGAAGAAGUGACUCCUCACAACUCUACAUAUAAAUAUCUAGACAAGGACAAUGAAGGAAUAGAAUGUGGAAAGCAUGACAUUGAUGGAAAGUCCCAUCAUCUUAGCAAGGAAAAAGUAAGAGAUCAACUUUCUGAAUGCACGAGUCAUCUUGUGGAUGCUGAGAGGAAGAAGGUUGAGUUGGGUAUUGAUGAUGCAUUGGAGCAGAGCUUUUUCUGCUUAUAUGGUUUACAUCUUAGGUCUCCAGAUUCAUCCAGUGAAGAUGAUCUAGCAAUACACAAAAAUACUAGUCGUGGAGACUAUCAGACCAAGGAGCAGUGUGCUGAUGUUUUUCAGUAUAUACUACCUUAUGCGAAGGCUUCAUCUAGAGCUGGCUUGGUGAAACUUCGAAGAGUACUAAGGGCUAUACGUAAACAUUUUCCACAACCACCAGACGAUGUGUUGACUGAGAAUUCGAUAGAUAAUUUCUUAGAUAAUCCUGAUUUAUGUGAAGAUAAGCUCUCUGAAGAGAUCGGAUCUGAUGGUUUUCUGGAAUACAUAAUGAAUAUAAUAUUUCCUAAUGGGAGAAGCGUCAAACAGUGUAAACCAUUUCUGGCAGGAAGUUCUGAGCCCCAUGUAGAGGUCUACAGUAACUUGUUUUAUCUUCUAGCCCAGGCUGAGGAAAUGAGUGCAACUGAUAAAUGGCCUGGUUUUGUGCUAACCAAGGAAGGGGAAGAAUUUGUGGAGCAAAAUGCAAACCUCUUCAAAUAUGAUUUAUUGUACAAUCCAUCACGCUUUGAUAGCUGGCAGCGACUUGCAAAUAUCUAUGAUGAAGAGGUGGACUUGUUGCUGAACGAUGGCAGUAAGCACAUAAACGUUGUUGGAUGGAGAAAAAAUGAUUCUCUUCCUCAAAGAGUUGAGAGCAGCCGGAGGAGAAGUAGGCGGUGUUUAUUAAUGAGUUUGGCUCUAGCAAAGACACCAGUUCAGCAGAGUGAGAUACAUGAAUUAUUGGCACUGGUUUACUAUGAUGGCAUUCAGAAUGUUGUACCAUUUUAUGAUCAACGAUCCGUAGUACCCACAAAAGACGCAGUAUGGAUGAUGUUUUGUCAAAAUGCAAUGAAACAUUUUGAGAAGGCUUUUGCUCACAAGCCAGAAUGGUCACAUGCAUUCUAUUUAGGCAAACUCUCUGAAAAGCUAGGCUUUUCACAUGGGAAAACCUUUUCAUAUUAUGAUAAGGCUAUCGGUUUGAAUCCAUCAGCAGUAGAUCCUGUCUACAGGAUGCAUGCUUCACGAUUGAAGUUACUUUCUUCAUGUGCAAAACAGAAUCUAGAUGCUCUCCAGGUUGUUACGUUAUAUUGUUUUAGUCCAUCAACAAGGGAGACGGUCAUGAAGAAUGUCGGUCGGACAACUCCCGAUAUUCCAGAGUUGCCUGUGGAUGCUAAGGAUGGGAGUAUUCUGGUCAUUUCCGAGAGAAAUCAUGUUGAGUCUCAUCAUUUAGAAGAGGCUUGGCACUUGCUCUAUAAUGAUUGCCUUUCUGCACUUGAGAUCUGUGUGGAAGGAGAUCUCAAACAUUUCCAUAAGGCAAGAUACAUGCUUGCUCAAGGACUGUACAGAAGGGGUGAGAAAGGUGAUCUGGAGAGGGCAAAGGAUGAACUUUCAUUUUGCUUCAAGUCAUCUAGGUCUUCCUUCACAAUUAAUAUGUGGGAGAUUGAUGGUAUGGUAAAAAAGGGAAGGCGCAAAACACCAGGUCUUUCUGGAAAUAGAAAGGCACUGGAAGUUAACUUACCAGAAAGCUCUCGAAAAUAUAUUACAUGCAUUCGGAAGUACAUCUUGUUGUAUUUGAAACUCUUAGAGGAGACUGGCGACUUGUUUACACUUGAGCGAGCUUAUGUCUCUCUUCGAGCAGAUAAGAGGUUUUCCCUGUGCCUCGAAGAUCUUGUUCCAGUUGCUCUUGGUAGGUACACCCAGGCUUUGAUUGCAUCCAUCCAUCAAGCUGAGAGCCAAGCCUCUGCUGCUGUCAACAACACUUUUGAGCAAAUGCUAGAGAGGAUGUUCAACUUAUUCAUUGACCAAGGUAACUUAUGGACAGAUAUAAACAGUUUACCUGAGAUCAAAAGCCCAGAGUUAUUUGAAAGCAGCUUCUAUGGCUACCUCCACCAAUAUAUCGACUUAUUGGAAAGAGAUGUUAGGUUGGUUGUACUUGAAGGAAUAAAUGAGAAGUUGCGGAAACGUUUUAAAAAUCCUAAAUUGUCAAAUGGUAACUGUGCUAAAGUAUGCAGGCAUGCUUCUGUGGCUUUGUUUCGAUCCAUUGUUAUUAGCUUGGCCUUGAUCACACCAUUACAUGGUGAAGCCGCCAGUGGGGCUCAGGUUCCUAAUAUGCUGGGUGCUUGUUUAGAAAAUAGCCUGCACCUUUGUGUUGAUCUGCAAGCAAAUGAACUGUGGAACUCCUCAUUUGAGGAUGCAACCCAUUUGAAGGAUCUUGAAACAAAAUGGAGCCAGGUGUUGUCUAAUAUUAAGAACAUUAUUAUUAAGCAAGCAUCAGAGGAAAAUGUGGAGACUGCUGUCACUUUAUUGAGAUCAUCCUACAAUUUUUAUCGGGAGAGCUCUUGUGUAACCCUCCCAUUGGGUAUCAAACUAUGUACAGUGCCAUAUCAGUUAGCUGCGGAAGCAACAUUUCAACCGGGUGUUGAUGGGGUUGAUGUUAUUGAUCUAAGCAUCCCACGGAAGCUUCUUUUGUGGGCAUACAUGCUGGUACAUGGCCGUUACUCAAACAUUUCGGCUGUAGUAAAAUAUUGUGAAGAAAUUGCAAAGUCAAAGAUGAAAAGAGGAACUGGAACAUCAAGCGCCACCUCACAUUCAAAUAUACCUACUUCUACUACUAAUGCAGGUGGUGGGAAGGAAAGAGUUGGGCAUGAUGAAUGUAGUGAAGUUGAGGACACUCCAUCAACUACAGUGGCAUCUGCUUCUUUGCCUGAAGGUGAGGGGGUUGAACGUUGCUCAAAUAUGCCUGGUUCUUAUGCUCAGACCCAGAAAAGUUCAUCUACUACUCAGCAACUUCUUCCAUGUUGCAACUCUAAUAAAGAAACGACAGGUCCAGUUGCGAAUGAGAUUGUUGACAGUGGCCAACAAUGAUAAAAAAAGGUUGAUUUCAGUUGCUGUUUUACUAAUUCUCCCAUUUUGCUACCUCCCUUUAGUGUUCGUAGGUGGUUGGUGUUGAAAAGUUAGCCUAAAAUUUAUCAUGUGAUGUAUAGAUAUAUAACGCAUACGUGUAACAAUAUUGUAAUGUCUGUAAACUCGAGUUGAUUUUGUAUAGAAAGCGAUGGUGCCAUUUAC